UGGCUUGCUCGAGAAUAUUAUGGGCUGUAUGGAAUUCUGAAGCUAGAGCAGCAGGCGGACCGGACUCGCGCUCUCAGCUAGCUACGCUGCAAGCUAACGGUAGACGAAGGUAAACAUGGAGCUGUCGGCUGUCGGAGAGAGGGUGUUUGCGGCCGAAUCAAUCAUCAAGAGACGAAUACGACGGGGUCGAAUGGAAUAUCUCGUGAAAUGGAAGGGCUGGUCACCCAAGUACAGUACUUGGGAACCAGAGGAAAAUAUCCUAGACUCGCGGCUGUUCGUUGCCUUUGAAGAUGGGGAGCGUGAGAGAGAAAUAUUUGGACCCAAGAAAAGAGGACCUAAGCUCAAGAAUUUUCUUCUAAAGGCCCAAGCUAAAGAAAAGUCAAAGUCUUAUGAAUUUAGGAAUGAUUUAUCCAGAGGCAUUACAUAUCCCAGUCCAGAGCCUGUAGUAACCCCUAGAGCAAGAGAAGGACUACGUGCUGUAGUUCCCACAAUUUUCCCUCCCAGCACAGUCAACCGAGGGGAGAGUGUAAGGAUUUCACCUCCAGAAUCAAGGGAGCAUCGUUCUCCACACUCACCCAGACCCAGCACUGAUGAAUUUACCCUCAUCUCAAAAAAGAGAGGACGGAGGCCCAAAUUACGCUUCACAGAUGGCUAUACAAGUUCCUUACAUCCAGAGUAUUCAAAAAGAGCAGCAGACGAAAAAACCAUGGCAAGCAUUCCUUCCAAAAUGGCAAAGUUAGGAUUGGGAGAAGAGGAAGAGAGAUGCUCUGAAAUAAGUGGGAGAAUUAAGAUAUCUCACAAGCACAUUGAUGGUACCUAUUCACACAAACAAAACAGAGUUGUUCCAAGCAGGAGUACCCAGCACAUUUCUUCAGAGUGGAGUUUGCAUUCCAGCAGAGUUAGUGGAGACUUACAGGGACACAGGAAUAAUCCACAGACAAGCCACUUUCAUCAUAAACACCUGAAGUACCAUUCAAAACGAAGAACAUUUGAACAUGCAGAUUCCACCAGCAAACACCCUUCACUUAUUGCCAAAAUUCCAGUGUCACGCAUAUUUGGAGAGUCAGAUGAGGGAGAUGCUUGGAGACCCUCCUUCAGCAAUGUGGAGAAAGUUAUCGUUACCGAUGUGACGUCAAACUUCCUGACUGUAACAAUAAAAGAGAGUAACACAGAUAAAGGCUUCUUUAAAGACAAAAGAUGAUUAUUUACUGCGACCAGUAUGCUCUUUUAUUUUCAAAAAUGUCCAUUGUAUUGUGUGUGUGUUUGUGUGUGUGUGUGUGUGUGUGUGUGUGUGUAUAUAUCAUAUAUAUAUAUAUAUACAUUUUUCGUGUCACACUGAAAACUGUAUUUAUUGUGAAAUUGCUGCUUAAAGAGAUUUGCAUGCACUAGACACGUUAAACAAAGCCAGAACUGCGUUCAAAUACAUACAGUUUUCAGAUUGUUUGUUGUAAAGUAUAAAUUACAAAUUGUUAACCUAAAUAAAUAAAAGUAUCAUAUGUCUCCCAGACGAAUAUUAAAAAUGUUUAUGUACAGAC